AUGGCCGCCGGGAGGAGGGUGAUGAGCAACGCCGGCGUCGCUGCCGCGCUGGUGGCGCUGCUGGUCGUGGCGGCGGCGACGGGCGCGGCCGGGUACCAUGUCUGCGACGUGGACACGGACAGCAUGGUGAGCAACUGCAGGUCCUACUGCACGGUGGGCAGCACGGAGGCCAGUCCCAGCGGCGCGUGCUGCGGCGCGGUGCACGGCGGCGACUUCCACUGCCUCUGCAAGUACAAGGGCGUGCUGCCCAAGAACAUCGACGUGAACCGCGCCAUGCAGAUCCCCGGCAAGUGCGGCUACGGGGCGGCCUCCUGCUAG